CACGUGUUUCAGGAAGCCGCCUGUGAUCUGUUGGUACCCCCAGAACCGGCGCACAAUCAUUGCUCUUCAUUGGUCCGAAGACACCACUAAAAGACUUUUAUACCCUUUGCGGUUAUGGUUGGCCUCUCAUUGGCUGGAGGCUUCCCUUCCUGGGCCUGCGAUCUUGGGGCGCAACUUUAUUGGCCCGAACUUAGCCCCAGAACCUGGGGGCGUGGCUCAAAGAGCGGCAGUAAACGCCUGAGGAAGUGAGCGCUGUUGUGGGCACCGAGAGUAGAAAGGAUAGGCAACAGUUAGCCGCUCUACUCAAAGGAAUACCUCUGAAAAGUCAGAGUGAAGAUAUGCCAGGAAGAAAUGGAUUAAAACGAUAUACAUAUGAAGAUUAUCAAGACACUGCAAAAUGGCUCUUGUCUCGCACUGAACACCGACCUCAAGUGGCAUUGAUCUGUGGUUCUGGGUUAGGAGGUCUGAUUAAAAGAUUAACUCAAGCCCAGACCUUUGACUACAGUGAAAUACCAAACUUUCCCAAAAGUACAGUGCCAGGUCAUGUUGGUCGACUGGUGUUUGGGAUCUUGAAUGGCAGAGCCUGUGUGGUGAUGCAGGGCAGGUUCCACAUGUAUGAAGGCUACCCGCUCUGGAAGGUGACAUUCCCAGUGAGGGUUUUCCGGCUAAUGGGUGUGGAGACCCUGGUGGUCACCAAUGCAGCUGGAGGGCUCAACCCCAAAUUUGAGGUUGGCGAUAUCAUGCUGAUCCGUGAUCACAUCAACCUACCUGGUUUCAGUGGUGAGAACCCUCUCAGAGGGCCCAAUGAUGAAAGGUUUGGAGUUCGUUUCCCUGCCAUGUCUGACGCCUACGACCGGGAUAUGAGGCAGAAAGCUCACAGUACCUGGAAACAAAUGGGGCAGCAGAGAGAGUUACAGGAAGGCACCUACGUGAUGGUGGCGGGCCCCAGCUAUGAGACUGUGGCCGAGUGUCACCUGCUGCAGAAGCUAGGGGCGGAUGCUGUUGGCAUGAGCACAGUACCAGAAGUUAUAGUCGCAAGACACUGUGGACUUCGAGUCUUUGGCUUCUCACUCAUCACAAACAAGGCCAUCUUGGAUUAUGAAAGCCAGGGGAAGGCCAAUCACGAGGAAGUACUAGAGGCCGGGAAGCAAGCUGCGAAGAAAUUGGAACAGUUUGUCUUCAUUCUCAUGGCUAGCAUUCCACUGUCUGAGCACACCGAUUAACCAGCCCCGGAGUGGGUUGGCCUCUCCGUUAUGGGGUCCGAGGAGCUGCUGCCUAUUUCAGCCCUUGCUGGCGUCACGUGCCUCUGCCUUAGGUGGUGGCAGAAAGGAGGGUCACCUUCCCUGCUUCUCCCACCAGACCUUACUGGUGCUGAGCCCUCUUCUGGCCAGUUUGUCAUCUCAAAAUGAUUUCCACUCCUAUUCCUCUUCAAGAACUCGAGCCCAAGCCCUUCCACGCAUCCAAGGAUUUGGUUUGGGGCCCUAGAACUCAGCACAGUAACCAUUACUGGCUCAAGAUGGUCCUCUCACAUUCCUCGGGGCUCAGUUCUGCCUCCUCAGAGCACUGGAGACCAUACAGGGAACAGCCUAUUCCUUUUGGAUUUUUAUAUUAUUAUAUUUUGAGAAUAAAGAGAAAGAUGAA